AUGGUGGAUUUUCCCAGGCCGUUUGCCUCACAUGCGCCGCUGCAGCUGACGAUGUUUGAUCGAGGCCCAGGGUCCAAUGGUGAAAGCCAGGUUGCAGCUGCAAAAGCUGCGCCUGUGGCUCCUUUGCUGGCUUUGCCUGCUCCUCCACUGGAGCCUGCCCAGCCCAGUGCUCUCGAGACAAAGCAGGACUCACCAGCCAGUGACAAAGGUGUCAAGGAUGAGAAGGUGGCGGAUACCUCAGUUGUGGUUCCUACUUCAACGCCAGGAACUGCAGAGAUCAACAUGGUGUUGGAAACUGGUCGUCAAGUCGAGUUAUCCAAAGAAGGAGUUGAGAAAAUUGAAGCAGCACCAGCGGAAGGUGUCGCCCAAAAGAUUCCACCUCAAGCUGCAGUUGCAAGGUUGCAAGAAGCUUUGGUGAAGAGACAGGACGGAAGCAAAUCUGAUGAUCAGCCUACAACCAAGAAUUGCAACAUGAAAAGACCUGCCUCAGCCUCAGCUCAAAAGAGCCAAGGACCGCCUAUGAAGAAACCAGCAGCACAGAAGGCAGAGGAGAAAGAUGUGAUUCCAAAGGGACAUGGCAAACCGGAACUCCACUCGUAUCUUUUGGAGUUGCGUGAUCUGAUUGGGGAUUUCGAUGAAGGCUUGCGUGAGAACAUGCGAUCUCUGCGUCAAGUUUUGAUGAAGAUGCAGCUUGUGUACGCCGACAGUUUGAGGCGGGCGUCUACCUUGGCAAUUGCCAUUUCCAGCUUGGACGUUUUCCUGCAACACCUUGAGGGUCAGCCUUUGCGCGAGGUGGACUUCAAGAUGGCCUUGGUGUAUGAUGAGCGCUUGGACUUGGUACCCAUGGCUUUCAAGGUCAACGUGUUGCUCAGAGGCGACACGGAUGUCUACGAAAUCAUAGCCUCGGUCAAGAAAGCUAUGGAUGUGGUGGAAGUCCUGCUCAAGCCUAUGGAAAGAAUAGGCGCUGGCUUUUCUGGUGUUUUCUGUGUCCUAAGUGACACGUGGAGCCAGCUUAUGUGUCCGCAGUUUAGCGGAGCAGUGGUCCGCUUUCAGUGGUCGCGGUUUCGUUUGACCGCUGUGCAGGUUUUCGUGCACACUCGUGGACAUGUUGGCAAUCGUCGAAUCGCCGUGACGCAGUCCUAUGCCAAGACUUUCCUUAUGACGAAACCAGAUGUGGCGGAGGACGAGAAGUUGAGCAAAGACCCGGGGGCGUCUCCCAUCGAUGGCUUUCCAGACAGCGGCGAGACGUGGAAGGACAUCGCAAAGGCCCGAGCGACGCGAAUCAUCCUGAAACGUGUGCGGGAGGAGGCGGAUGCGAGCAGGAAUGAAUGGCAGAAGCAGAGGGAGAAGAAGCGAAGGAUGCCCUUGCCACCAAAAGUUCCAGAAAAAAUUUAUAACCACCUGAGGAAUGCCUACAAGGCCUACAAGCUGUUUUCCCCCUGGUUGAGCCCUGUGAUGAGGAUACAACUGACUCAAGAGAUUUGGUACACAGUGCGAUAUGUGGAGGACCAGUUUGCAGACGAGCUCUUCUGGCGAAGGGCCGCCGGUGAAAAGAUGGACGUUCCCAUCCCGGUGCACCAGGUGAAACUUCCGGCGGUGGCCGUGGCCAAAAAGCCACCCAUGGAACCGCCACCCAGGAAGCGUUCUCGAUCCCCCCGGAGAAAGCCGCUCCGCUUCGAGACGUUAAAAGUUCCGGUCGACGAAGUGGAGUUCUCACAAGACAGUAUCGCGCAGCGCUUCACCUGUGGUCGCCACCUGCAGAGCACGGUGGCGGACAUGCGCUCUGGCGAGUUGGAUCCGCUGGACGUGAAACAAUAUCCCUUCAUGAAACUCCUCGCUCUGAGGAUCGACGAUCGCAUCAUCAGCCGCUGCAACCGCCGCUUGUGGUGCCUUCAUGAGGUGCAGCGCUUGCGGCGCAGCAGGAAGCCGGAUCACAACGAAUAUGUGUGGGUGAAAGUCCAAGAGCCGAGCGAAGUGCUGAAGGACAUGAUCCGCAAGAUCCUUCCGCCGAAGCCACGCUUGGCGGCCAGAUUGACCGAUCAGAUGGUGGAGGACGACGACCUGGGAGCCUUGAUGGCCGAUGAAGCUGAGGAUUAG